AUGUCCGACGCGGCCAACUCCCACGCGCAAGCUGCCUACGCUUCCUGGGCACGUCUCAAGGACCUCGAGAAGCCGGAGCAAUUCAUCGAGGUCUCGGGCUCCAACCUGACAAUUGCCGAUGUCGUUGCCGUCUCAAUGCAUGGCGCGAAGGCACACGUCUCACCCAACACCGGACCGAUCCAUCAAAGCAUAGCGAUACUCGAGGAACGGAUCCAAGCAGGUGACGUUAUCUACGGCGUCAACACGGGCUUUGGUGGUAGUGCCGACACUCGAACCGACGUAGGAGCCGAGCCCUUGAUGCGUCUACAGAACGCAUUAAUCCAGCACCUCAACGUUGGAAUCCUUACAUACGCCGACAAGGAUCGUGAUGGGAUAUGUUCCCGGACAGGAAAGCCUUACGUCAACGAGCUUCUUCGCAGCCAUGCUCUCCCAAGCCCCGUGGUUCGUGCUACCAUGCUCAUACGAUGCAACUCUCUGAUCAGAGGCCACUCGGGCGUCCGGCUCUCGGUUAUGGAAAGCAUCAUGAAGCUCUUGGACAAGGACAUGAUUCCCAUCAUCCCGCUUCGAGGAAGUAUUUCGGCCUCAGGUGAUCUAUCUACCCUCUCUUACAUCGCCGGCGCGGUUGAGGGAAAUCAGGACAUUUAUCUCAAGGUCAAAAGACCGGGCAAUAAGACAGAAAUCCUCACAGCUGAUAGGGCUCUGCCUCUUGCCGGCCUAAAACCGGUGCAUUUCCGAGUCAAAGAAGGACUGGGCAUCACCAACGGCACCGCACCCUCCUGCGCAACCGCCUCCAUUGUCAUCCAGGAAGCCAAUCAGCUGGCCAUCCUUGUCCAGCUCCUCACUGCUAUGGGUACUGAAGCCCUCGCCGGAACAGCUUCAAACUACCAUCCCUUCAUUUCCUCUGUCCGACCCCACCCAGGUCAAGCAGAAGCAGCGUCCAACAUUCUAGCCUUUCUCACCAGGUCUAAGAUCGCAGCACCUGUGGAGUCCCACAACGGUUCUAACGGCGAACCGGCCAAGGUCCGGGGUCUAGCUCAGGACCGAUAUGCUCUCAGGACCGCGCCGCAAUGGAUCGGACCUCAACUCGAGGACUUGGAGCUCGCCACGAGGCAAGUGGAAACAGAACUCAACUCAACCACGGACAACCCCCUGAUUGACCCUGCUUCCGGAUCCAUCCACCACGGCGGCAACUUCCAGGCCAUGGCAAUUACAUCGGCCAUGGAGAAGACUAUGCUGGCGCUGCAGAACCUGGGCCGCUUGCUCUACGCGCAAAGCUCGGAGCUGCUCAACAACAUGACCAACAAGGGCCUGCCACCUAACCUGUCGGCGGAUGAGCCAAGUCAGAGUUACACGUGCAAGGGCUUUGACGUCAACAUGGCCGCGUACAUGGCUGAGCUGGCAUACCUGGCCAAGCCGGUCAGCUCGCAUGUCCAAGUGGCCGAACUAAACAAUCAGAGUGUCAAUUCGAUGGCUUUGGUUGCAGCUCGGUAUGCUCUGGAGGCGGUAGAAGUUGUCAGUUUGAUGGCGGCCACCUACAUCUAUGUACUCUGCCAGGCGCUGGACCUGAGGGUCCUGCAGAUGGAGUUUCGGGAGGACCUGCCAAAGCGUAUUGGGAGUGGUGUUCUUUCUGAUAUUGCUGCGGAGAAGGAGCCCAAGUCCAAGGGUAAAGAGAAAGAGAACGGUAAUGGCCACUUAUCCCAAGACGACGUUACUAAAAGCCAAAGGCUGGCCGGCAAGAUAUCGGAGAACAUUUUCGACCAAUGGGACAAGCUGGCUCACUUGGAUGUGGAAGAUCGAGCUUCUGUGGCGGUCAAGCAGUCUGCUCUAGACGCCCUUGGACUCCUUAACUAUGGGAUGGAGCACGAAGGCUCAAUGUUGAGCAUCAGUGAUCUGCAGGCCUACCACUUGAAGACCGCCCGAGUGGUGUCGGACUGUUAUGAUGACCACAGAAAGGCUUUGCUCGAGGGUCGGCAGGACACCAGACAAUGGCUCAGCCGUGGCUCUACGGUCAUCUACAACUUUGUCAGGAAGGACUUGAAGAUCCCGGUGAACAGGGGCGUGGUUGACCAUCCGCCGCUUUUGCUAGAGGAGAUGGAGAGACUGAAGGGGAGGAUCAAACGCAAGAGAGAACUAAGUUCCAAGGACGUGGAUGACGGUGCGGACUUGUGGGCAAGGAAUAGAAUUCUUGGGACCAUGGCGUCGGAUAUUUAUGGGGCAGUUCGUAGUGGGGAAUUGCAUUCAAAGAUCAUGGAGUUUGGGAGGGACAACAAAUUUGGGGGAGAGGACUCGUCUACGUAG